AUGCAGUUGUUAACCUCUUGGCUGCCACUGUUGGUGGCAGCAGCCAUUCCUCUGACGCUGGCUGCAAAAGAUACCUCUCCUACUAGCACCACAACAGCGACCAAUGCUCUCUUCACCCUCACGGGAACAAUCACAGACCAUGUCAGCGAUGCAACUUUGCCUACCGGCACUUAUCUUACCUAUACUUCCACUCUCACUCUUUCCACUGACAGCGAUGGCAAAGUUCUCUCCUCGGCCGCUGUGACUAACGCGACCGCUGUCGGUAACUCGACCAUUCAUACCACUUCCUCAGAUACAAUGACAAGACUGGUCGGCAAUGCCACGGCGAAUGCCACUAUGACUGCGUCGGCGUCGGCUUCGGCAUCUCCCGUCGUCAACACGCAGCCUUGCAAUGGCCAUCCCGAAUUCUGUGCUCGCAAGUACUCAAACAUCACCAUGGUGGCCGCUCACAACAGUCCCUUUGUCAAACCAGGCAAUGCUGCUGCGAACCAAGCGUUGGAGGUGGUCAGUCAGUUGAACGACGGUAUCCGAAUGCUGCAAUUCCAGACUCACUAUGAAAACGGCACCAUGUAUCUCUGUCAUACCAGUUGUGAUCUACUCUACGUGGGCACCCUGACUGAGUACCUCACCACCGUCACCCAAUGGAUAAGACAGCACCCGUACGACGUGGUCACCAUUCUGAUUGGGAACUACGACUAUGCCGCACCGGGAAAUUUCUCCAAGCCCAUCGAGGACUCGGGCCUGUUGGAUCUGGUCUAUACGCCUCCGAAGAUUCCCAUGGCCCUGGACGACUGGCCAACCUUGUCGACGAUGAUACUGUCCGGCAAGAGAGCCGUCGUGUUUAUGGACUAUCAAGCCAACCAAACUGCUCUUCCGUGGCUUAUGGACGAAUUCUCCCAGAUGUGGGAGACGCCUUUCUCGCCAACAGACCCGACUUUCCCCUGCACCGUUCAGCGUCCCCCUGGUCUCUCAAAUGAGGAUGCUCAUAAUCGCCUGUACGUGGCCAACCACAACUUGAACGUCGAGAUCAACGUUGCCAACAUCGAUCUGCUCAUCCCCAACACUGCGGAAUUGAACCAGACGAACGCCGUGUCUGGGCCGGGUAGUCUCGGACGGAUGGCCGAGAACUGCACCACCAUGUGGAAUCGUCCCCCCAACUUCCUCCUCGUCGACUACUACAACUACGGCAAUUUCAAUGGCUCUGUUUUUGGUGUAGCAGCCCAGAUGAACAACGUUACCUACAACGGCGAAUGCUGUGGAUCCACUUCUGCUGCUCCUAUGUUGAUGCCGGCAGGGAGCUUGUUAAGCGCGCUGUUAUUUAUUGCAGGUGUUCAUUUUUUUGCUUCGAUCUUCUAA